UGAAAAAGAUUAAUGUUUUAAUAAAUAAUUUAAUAUAUUAUUUUUAUUUUUUAAAAAUAUGUAUUAAUUUAGAUGUAAUGAAUUAUACAGCGAUUGAUUUGACGCGCGCCUAGGUCGAAGCCGAUUGCAUAUGGCGGUUAGUGUAUACGACAAACAGUUAUAGUGUUUUGAUGAUACUUUUUUAUCUGUUCACGGAAGUUAUCAAUAGAUGCUUGCGUUCAAUAAGCUCGCGAACGUAAUAAAGUUCUUUUACAUUCAGAUAAUGUUGUAAAAGAAAAACAGUACUUUACAAUAUUCACAGCGGCAUCUUUCAUAACCUCAACAAUCAGGAACAUACAGUACUUCUAUGUAAAAAUGCCACCAACAAAAAAGACUGAUUUAGACAAAUUAGCAUGGGCUUGGGUGGAAGGUGUGGUUUUAGACCAAAUAGAAAGGAUACAUUUGGAAACUGCUUAUAGAAUAGGUUUAAAAGCAUGUAAAAAUUGCAAACGUAACUGCACAAACAAUCCACAGUGCUUGACUGGAUUGGGAGAAGAAAAAUACAUGAAGUCACAACCUGCUGAAGUAAUGCCUUUAGAAAGUUCUUUAUCUGAGUUACGCGAUCCUACACAAUAUGUUGGUCUAAAGAAUUUAGGUGCAACCUGUUAUGUUAAUAGCUUAAUUCAAAUGUGGUUUCAUAAUGAAGAUAUGAGGAGAAUAAUAUACAAGUGGAAUAUCACAGAUGAUCCAGAGGAAAAGGAAGCACUAUAUCAAGCUAAGAAGGCAGGAGUACCAUUUCAUCCAGUGACAGCAGUUGGACAGUUGCAAUAUAUAUUUGCAAUGAUGCAAUUUGGAAAUCGUCGUCUACUCGAUCCAAUGAACCUUGCAAUCGCGUUGUCAUUGGAUACUAGAACUCAGCAGGAUGCACAGGAAUUCUCCAAGCUGCUUCUCUGCCAUAUCGAAGGGAAACUUCAACAAAACUCAGAACUGAAGCAGAUGCUGCAGAGGCUGACCCAAGGAAAAUACAGCUAUAUCAAUUGUUGCUCGAAAUGCGGAACUGAAUAUCCAACGUCCACAACGUUCUACGAAUUGGAUCUACAACUUGCAGCCACUUUGAAAGAGGCAAUAGAGAAAUACUUGUCUGUGGAACAGUUGACUGGAGCAAAUCAGUAUCACUGCGUUACCUGCAAUGACAAAAAAGAUGCGCGCCGUUUUAUACGCUUGGAAUCUCUUCCAGAAACAUUAAAUAUACAGUUAAUGCGUUUUGUGUUUCAUAGAGAUUCUGGGCAGAAAAGAAAGUUGAAUUCUUUUAUACAAUUUCCCGAAGAUCUUGAUAUGUCAGAAUAUGUGAGGUGUCCAUUACAAACUCAUUUGUACAGUCUUGUAGCAGUUUUGAGUCAUAAAGGACCAUCUGCACAUUCGGGUCAUUAUAUUGCAAAUAUAUGCAAUUCAAAUGGGGAAUGGUAUCAAUUUAGUGAUGAUAAAGUAGAAAAAAUGCAGAAUAAAAGAAUCGAGGAUGGAGUUAAUGAGAAUUCAAAGAUUAUAAAACGAGGUCGUAUACCGAAAGGAUUUUUAUCUUCUAACACUGCAUACAUGUUAGUUUAUAAAAAAGUUACUUCUGAAAAACGAAUAAAUAAUACAAAAAAAAAUAAGUUAAAAAAAUUAGAUACAGAAACUAAUAGCAAUUAUAACACAAUGCAUGAAGAAAACCUCGUGAUAGUUAAAGAUAAAUCAGUUUCAUUAGAUGAAGAAAAAUGUAAAUAUGAUACAAUUUCCGUUUCGGAUGUGAAUAAUUCUGAGAAAAUGUUAAAGCUUGGAAUAGAGACUAAACAGGAAAUGGAAAUUUCGAAGGCAUCAGAAAAUAUUGUAAUGGAAGUAUCUGUAAGAGAGGAGUCUACUUUUGAUGAACAAAAUGGCAAACAUUACGAAUUCGAUAAUAAAGAAAAUCAGCAUGAUAUAUUUAUCAAAAAAUCAUUAGCCAAAGUUGUGAAGAUAGACUACAAACGUUUAAACGGUGCCGCACAUAGAGCUAUGAGUUGUGGGGAACGUGACUUUUACGAAGAGAUGGAAUUUGAAAAUUGGGAAGUGAGUUCAACAUUGCGUGAUUUAGUGAGACAAGAAAAUGUGAAACAUGAAUUGAGUUUAUUGGCGACUCAACAAGAAAAACAAAAGGAGAUUGAAGAUCAGAACUUAAAGAGACAACUUGUCAUAGAUGUAUAUAAUAUUAUUUCGAAUAUAAUUUCAUGGGAGAAAUAUCAAUGGAUUCCAAGUGAUUGGUUAUCAAAAUGGCUAAAUGGACAUUCAUUCAUCGAUGGGGUGCCACCAAUAGAUAAUUCUACAUUGAUGUGUACGCAUUAUCGACUUGAUCCUUUAAAAGUGAAUCGGGCAAAAUGUAUUCCUAUAGCUGCUGCAGAUAUACUUUAUGAAAAAUAUCGUGGUGGACCACGUUUGGAUGAAAACUCUUUUUGCGAAGUUUGUGUGAAACGUCGAUAUAAAUUACUUCGUUUCAAGAUGUCACUUGAACGUGAUUACAAGGAAGUUAGUGAACUUAUUCGCAAUUUUAAAGAACCAUUCGAGACUAGUUAUGUUGUGGGUGCUGAUUCAUUGAGAUCGUGGCGAAGACUUGCAAUGGAAAAAUUUAUGGACGAUAUGGAACAAGAAAUUGAGGAUGAAGAUUGUCAAGAUCCGAAUAGUAUUCAAGAAGAUAGGAAAAGUGAAAGCAAGGAAAGUGAACGAAUAAAGGAAUCAGGAGAGGGAGAAGAGAACGAAGUUAUAAUUUAUUUCAACGAAGAUUUACUUUGUGAGCAUGGUUCAUUGAAAACACCAGAUUCAACAAGAAAAAUAGUACCCCGCGAAGCUUGGAUGAUACUUCGAAAAUACUUUCCAGGAUCUAAGGAGUAUCCUAUCGGUUCUAGCUCAUGUUCCAUUUGCGAGGAAAAAAUGGAAAAUGCACAAAAGGCAAAAAAAGAUGAUAAAAUAAAAGCCAAACAACAAAAGGACGAGUUAAAUGAUUUAUAUCAUGGUAAAAAUAGAAAUGAAAUAUUAAAAUGUGAAGAGCCAGAAAAAGCAUUUUAUAUCGUGGAGAAGGGAUUUUUGGACAGUUGGCGUUCUUUCCUUCGGUAUGCCGAAGUGUUCUCGAAAACACCACCGGUUGGUAUUCGAAACGGUGUCCUCCUCUGCGAGCCGCACAAAGGAUUCCUCUACUCGCCUUCCAUUAGCAACGAGCUGUUUACCAUCGUAACGGCCGAGGAAUGGGCGAAAUUGAUGCAGUUUUACGACGUCGAUUAUCCGAUCAUCAUCAAAAAGAAUAAUUCCGAUCUUCAAACAGAGCCAAGUUUGUGCGCGGCGUGCAUGUUGGCGAGAGUGGAGCAAGAACGUUUGGAGAGUCUCAAGUACGACAGGGCGACGAUUUAUAUAAAGUGCGUGGAGGAUAACGAGGAUACGAAGUCGGAAAACGACAGUGAGAUGCCCGCCAAGAGACCGAAGCUGGAGAACACGAGGCCGUCGAGGACCAGGCGGAACUUGAAGGGGUCCCACGAGCUCAAAGUUUCCUCGGAGAUCACGUUGAAGGAGCUGAAACUGAUGACCAUGCAAAUUUGCGGCGCUGGACCUUACGACCAACAUCUAAUGCUGGGUGAACACGAGCUGACCGAUCAUAGUCAAAGCCUCGCUGCUCUUGGUAUAUUUCCCGGGGCGCUUCUCACCUUGAAGAUCGACACGCCGAUCGAGAACGAAGCGGACGUGACGUCGGAUGCGAACAACCCCGAGUCCAGCUUCCCGGAAAAGGGUUUCAAGGGAACCGAAUUGGUGCCGAGUUGAUCUGCGUCAUCAAGGAUCAGAGGAUAGGCAAAUUGCUUUGUGGCGGAACGUUUCAAUAACGAUAGUCGAUUUAACAUAAAAUAUUUUUGUACACGAGUUAUCAUAUAUUACAUACAUAUAUAUAUAUAUAUAUAUAUUAUAUAUAUUAAUCUGUAUAAUAUACAGAGGUGUGUCGAAGAUGAGAUGAGAUGAGAUGAGAUCAGGCUUUAUAAGAAAAAGGGUAUCGUGUGCAAGGAAGGUGGAGGAAGGAAGGAAGGAAGGUUAACAAUCGUGGAAAAGAAAAGAAAAAAAAAAAAAAAGAAAGGAAAUCAAACGACCGCACGUUUUUUUUUUUCUUUUAAAUUGUUAUAUACUCGAUUAUUAUUUUAUCAACGCACAGAGAAAUGGGUGCAAUUAUACGGGGAAAUAGGCGUUGAAGGCGACAAAGGAAUCCAAAGACGAUAUAUUCGAUAUAUAUAUAUAUACACACAUACACACACGUACACACAAGCAUAUUUCCUUUCGGCUAAAUAUUUCUAUUCGUGCUACGGUAAAAAUGAGGUGCAAAGAGAAUGCGUGGCUAUAAGGAAAGAAGAGAUUAUUUGCGAAGAGACGGCUUCAUUGUGAAUGAUCGAUAGAUGAAUUCCGUUAGAUUUUAGAGAAUUUUUCCAUUACAUUCUUUAAAAAAGAUAUUGUAUCGUCUCAUCAUUGUUUCGCUUUUUCCUCUCUCUUUUUUCUCUUUCUCUUCCUUUUGGAAAAUUUUUUGAACGGGAAGAAAACUUUGUCGAUCUAUUUUUUGUUUUCCUUUUUAUACAAUCGUUUAUAUAUUUAUUUAAAGCAAUUAUCUAAUGUAACAAUUAAUCAGCAUACAUAUGUAUACACACACACAUAUAUAUAUUUUUAUCAAAUCGAGAUCAUGAGAAUUAAUCUUCGAACAGGGGGAUUCGGUCAUUUCCACGAGCCAUCCCUUCGCAUUUUCGGAUGAAAUGGUGCUGACGCAGAAUUUAUAUUAUUAUUAUUAUAUACAUAUAUAUAUAUAUAUAUAAAACAUAUAUAUAUUUUUUUUUCUUUUUUUUUUUUUUUUUUUUUUUGAGAGAGAGACUUUAUUCGAGUUUGGGUAACGACUAACACGCUUUUACAUUUAUAUUAAUAUUAUUAUACAUAUACAUAUACAUACCACGGAGAGAGUUUGGGUGCACGAGGAGAAAUGGGAUGCGCGAGAGAGUAUUGUGCAGAGAGUUUAAUCGGUGCGCUCAAGCGAUUGUUCGGUGUUUAAUCGUUUUUUAAACGUAGAGACCAGAGUUAUAGGGAACGCAAUAUUCGAGAAGCUUUUUUUUCUUUUUGUUAUUUUAUUUAUUAUUAUUAAUAUUAUUAUUAUUAUUAUUAUUAUUAUUAUUUUUUGCGCAUUUUUCAAUCAAUACUACUACUACGAAUACCUUUAGCGAAUUUUUUUCCGGCUCUCGAUGUAUCACAAUUGUAUAUGGCUGUCUCGUAUACAUAGACAAUGGUUAUUAGAACGCGUUGAAGAAGAAUCUAGAAGAUCAUUAGGAAAUAAUUUACAUACUUGUUCGUCGUAGAAGCUGAAAAUAAAAAUGGCAAAGUAGUACUGAUCAUGUAUACGUA